UGCGAAACAGGAGCAGCUACCCCCGGCCCCCAGCUGGAAGAGGAACGAUCGCCAGCAAGGAGGGAAGCGGAGAGCGGAUACCUGACCAUGGGUUCCAAAACCCGAAGAGCGGCGGCUCCGAGGGGCUCGCAAACACUGCCCUUCUCCGUGCUGGCCUGCCUGCUGCUGGUGUCUCUGUGCUCCUGCGACGCGGACGACAGUGCCAUGGAAGACAUUGUGACAGAGAAGCAGGCUGAGGCGAGCCACAGGCAGGACAGCGCCAAUCUCUUAAUAUUCAUCAUGCUCCUCACCCUUACCAUCCUCACCAUCUGGCUUUUCAAACACCGACGCUUCAGGUUUCUGCACGAAACCGGCCUGGCUAUGAUCUACGGAUUGCUGGUGGGCGUGGUGCUGCGCUAUGGAAUCCACGUGCCCCGGGACGUCAGCAACGUGACACUCAGCUGCCACGUGAACUCCAGCCCUGCCACGCUGCUGGUGAACAUGAGCGGCAAGUUCUACGAGUACACGCUGAAGGGAGAGAUCAACCCCAAGGAGGUCAACGAUGUGCAGGACAACGAGAUGCUCCGCAAGGUGACCUUUGACCCCGAAGUGUUCUUUAACAUUCUGCUCCCUCCUAUUAUAUUCAAUGCGGGAUACAGUCUCAAAAGGAGGCACUUCUUCAGGAAUCUGGGAUCAAUUCUCGCCUAUGCUUUUAUUGGAACCAUCCUAUCCUGUUUUGUUAUUGGGUCCAUUAUGUAUGGGUGUGUAAUGCUCAUGAAUUGGGUUGGUCAGCUGGGAGGAGAUUUCUACUUCACCGACUGCCUGUUUUUUGGUGCCAUUGUGUCUGCCACGGACCCAGUGACGGUGCUGGCGAUAUUCCACGAGCUGCAGGUGGACGUGGAUCUGUAUGCGCUGCUCUUUGGAGAGAGUGUCCUGAACGACGCUGUGGCCAUCGUGCUGUCCUCGUCGAUCGUCGCUUACCAGCCAGCCGGAGACAACACCCACACCUUCGACGUGAGUGCCGUGUUCAAAUCCUUUGGGAUCUUCCUGGGAAUCUUCAGCGGCUCCUUUGCCUUGGGAGCGGCAACCGGAGUCAUGACUGCCUUAGUUACCAAGUUCACGAAGCUGCGGGAUUUCCCGCUGCUGGAGACGGCUCUCUUCUUCCUGAUGUCCUGGAGCACCUUCCUGCUGGCCGAGGCCUGCGGAUUCACAGGUGUGGUAGCUGUGCUGUUCUGUGGGAUCACUCAGGCUCAUUACACCUACAACAACCUGUCUCCAGAGUCCCAGGACAGAACCAAGCAGCUAUUCGAAGUCCUGAAUUUCCUGGCUGAGAAUUUCAUUUUCUCCUACAUGGGCCUGACUCUGUUCACGUUUCAGAACCACGUCUUCAAUCCCACUUUCAUCGUGGGGGCUUUUCUGGCUAUUUUCCUGGGGAGAGCAGCCAACAUCUACCCGCUGUCCUUCCUGCUGAACCUGGGCCGGAGGAACAAGAUCGGAUCCAACUUCCAGCACAUGAUGAUGUUUGCAGGUCUGCGUGGAGCCAUGACGUUCGCGCUGUCUAUCCGGGACACGGCCACCUACGCCAGGCAGAUGAUGUUCAGCACCACCCUGCUCAUCGUCUUCUUCACUGUCUGGGUGUUCGGGGGUGGUACCACACAGAUGCUGUCCUGGCUCAGGAUCCGGGUUGGAGUGGAUUCGGAUCACGACAAUUCUAUACACACUGAAAAUAUCGUGGAGGACGGAGGGGCUCGUCAAAGCACCAAACAAGAGAGCGCCUGGCUGUUCAGAAUGUGGUACAACUUUGACCACAAUUAUCUGAAGCCCAUCCUGACUCACAGCGGCCCCCCGCUCACUGCCACCCUGCCCUCCUGCUGCGGCCCCCUGGCACGGUGUCUUACCAGCAUUCAGGCCUAUGAGAACCAGGAGCAGCUGAAGGAUGAUGACUCGGACCUGAUCCUGAACGACGGUGACAUCAGCCUGACGUUCGGGGACUCCACUGUCACCACGGACUCGUCCGCCUCGGGCAUGUCUCGCCGGCAGGGGCCCGUGGGCUCCGACGAGGCUCUGGACCACGAGCUGGCCUUCGGGGACCACGAGCUGGUGAUCCGUGGCACCCGGCUGGUGCUGCCCAUGGACGACUCGGAGCCCCCCCUCACCCUCCCUGACGGGGGGGCAGCCUCGCGCCGCCACAGGCUGUGAGCCCGGGACCCCCCCUGCCCUCGUUCUGUAGACAGAGACAGACACUCAGCCCCACAACACCUCGCUUUCCUUUCCUUUUGAAAAACUUGUUGUGCCGUUGCUGUCUGCCUAUCCAUGCUCAGCCAGUGUCUUGUCUGUUGUGCCGCAGCGUCAAAAAACGAACGUGCAUGCGUGUCCCUCGAAUGUGCAAAAACAAAGUUUCGAUUAUUUUUUACAUAAAUGUAACAAGGUGUACAAUUUUUUUUUUUUGUGUGUGUGUCUGUUGGGGUUUGCAACAGCACUUCAAAGGUGGUGUGUCUGAUUAUUAACUUUUUAAAAAAUGUUUUAUACAUUUUAGCAGAUGCUAUUGGGUGUUGUUCUUACCUUGCUGUAUACGCGUGCAAGCUGUCCGCUGAAACAAGCGAGUAGAACAGAGCAGGCUUUGGGAAUGGCAAAGACAGCCACCCUUGCCUGACGCUGUCAUGUGAGGUCAUUGUGCAUCAUGGUGCUUGAAACUACUGCAGUAACUGUCCCCAGUGGGAGUACUGGAUAGGACACACAACAUCUCGCUAUCUGUAUUUACUGUGCAAAAGUGUUUUCUUUCAUGUUCCAGCGAUGUUUAUGUGGCAUCUUCAGAGAUUCCCCUUUCCCACCUCUUUACGCUGUGCUCUGGAACUUUGUAGAAAUGCACUUUCUAGAAAAACUACGUCUGGUUUGAAGGAAUAUUUUAAAUUGCAGAAUGGAAGCGAGCAGCUCAGUGUUGUUGGAGGCGAAUGUGUCACAGAGGGCAGUAGUGAUGCCUGGAGGGGGGUUAUGUCCCUGGCUGCUGAGAGGAUGCCUCUGUGUUUUUUUUGUUUUUCACCUCGGAGGUUUGGGAGGCCUGUGAUGUCAUAUCUGUAGCCGCUGUGCUUUCCGCUCGCUCCUCAGCGACUGGCAUGCUGUUUUUAGUCGAACCCGCUUAAUAACGUUGUCGUCCACUUGUGUUUGUGACGCUAAAAGAAAAGAACGAACAGAUAGAGCAUGGAAAUAAGAUUCCAAUUCCAUAGCAGUUCAAUCCAUUCCUGGUUUUACUAUUGAGUUUUCACACCUGAGCUUGUUUCCUAUACACUGUGGCUAAUCAAGCUCAUGGUAAAGUCUGGAAUGAGUGAAACUGCUAUGCAACAGGAGUCUUGUUUCUGUCUGUGAAAAGGAGUGGAGUCCUGUAUGAAGAAAUAGGGUGGUAGGCUGUAGAUGAGGAGGAUGAGGGACAGGCACACUACUGGUCAGUGACAGUUGUGUGUUGAGUGUUACCUGAUAAUGCAAAGCGGGCAGUGAGUGUUCCCCAGGUGUAGGACUGCUCUGCAGCUUCACCUAUGGAUCCUCACACUAUGAAAAGCGCUUUGUUGAAACGCAGUGCUUCUCAACUCCACCUCCUCCAGAAACAGGAGUGGAGUGACUUUGCUCUCCCGCGUGAUGGCUGGGUUUACAAAGUGAGGGCUUAAACUGCUUUUUUUAAUGUAAUGGUUCCCAUUUUAUAAAGUGAUAAGAUGGUAUUCUGUUCAAGCUGAAAUCAUGAAGGGUCCGGAAAGUGUAGCUCAAAAUAGCCCAGCUAAAGAAUGCUGAAAACAGGAACAAACCCUCCCAGCCCAGCUAGCGCAGGGAGCUGCAUUGAUAUUUUCCUGCUGAUGACUACAUUAAAAAAAGAAAGUGACUUCACAGCAGUGCCUGCGUCCUGCAGGCUGCCUGAUAGGGCUGUACGAGUGGCAGCGAGUAUAACAGGAGCAGCCUUGACAUCUUUAUCUCCUGCCGUGCAGGAAGUUCAUAACAAUUGUUUUAAAGACACUUUGCGCAUCUUAACCUUAACCAUAACUAGUGUGUAGAAACAUUAUGUCUGUAGAUUUUGAAUUAUUUAAUAUCCUUUCUUUUUUUUGGGUGGGGGGGGGGGUUGUAAAACUUGACACAGUAUUGAAGCCUCUGUAGUCGACUGGCCUUGCAAGGUGUGUGCGUGCCGGGGUGUUUGAAAGCCGAUCACCUGAAAUUCCCUGGCGUUUAUGUCCUGGUUUGUCCCACCCCCCUCAUAUCAUUGGGGUGCUGCCGUUUCUCAGUUUUAGUUUGUGGUGAGGCUCUCACCCACAGAAGGCAGGCUGGUUUCUUCACUGUGUUCCAGCAGCUCACAGUGAGUACUAAAACCUCUUGGUUCAGCGCGAGCGAUCGAAACCCAAUACAGGUACUUUGAACCCUUCCACAAAACCGAGUAAGAACUUCACCUCCACAGUGAUUGGGGGAAGAGAGCACGGGUUCAAAAUCUUCCUAAAACACCAGGCAGUUAACCUUUUAGUAGACAUUGCAAACCGUGUGAACUGGGUGUAUACUCUGAGCGUUAACCAGUCCAGGUUUUACUGUGAAACAAAGGCACUCCUGAGGUGUUGAUCUCUUUACCCGGUUCAACUCAAGUGGAUCGAACUAGAACCCAGGAUGGCUCAAACUGCAAUGCAAAGAAGGCUUGUUUCCAAAUCUAGUAAAGAUUCAAUGGGUCAGGCGCCCAGGGUACAGAAGCUUCAGAACUAAUGCAGUUGCUUCAUUUUCCGAUCUCUCUCUCUGUUGAACAUUUUGUAUCUCGCAAAUUAUUCUUCCACGUUAAUGUUAGACAUUCAAGAGGUGGUCUUUUAGAUCUGGUGGAUCAGUGUUGGAUUUAACUGUGGGUUGUUUGAAUUGAAUUGAUAAUGUGCUUCUGUUUAACGUGUUGCAUUUACUGACUUGUUUUACACACUAACUGUAAAUCUACUGUCGUUGUUGAUGCGCAUGGAGUGAUAAAUAAAAAGCCAUGCGUUUUGUUUAAAAUGCUGGUGCUGUUUACUGUGA